ACGGCUAUCCGUUAUUUUGUUUGCAAAUUACGGAGUAACUACUAACCAGUUCUUAAUCUGUGUUUGCAAAUUAACUGAAAAACUCAGGCCUAUUCUUGGCAAUAUUGAACAAUUUAAUUAUAUUACAACUUUACUAAGGAAGAUAUGGCUGAAUCACUAUUUGAUAUUUUCGGCGAUACAGUUACAAGACAAGCAAUCAAAAAUGUUGUUCGUCAACCGCUAUCCAACAUUGAAAAUAUGGGUAAAACAAUGUCUGCUGGCCCCUAUAAGCCUAACGAGCCUUUAAAACCGACGAAGAAAAAUAUGGAAAAGAAGAAAUCAUUUCUUUCAAAUAUUGGCAAAGCCUUGAAUAAUACGCCUAUGCGCCAAUGUAGUCCUGGAGCUAUCAACGUUGGUUCUCUCAUAUAUAAUGACGACUCCAAAAAGGAGAAAGGGUAUUCAUUUGAAGAGCUAGAGUUCACUAAGCCCUCUUACAGAUAUGAUAAUUUUCAUGCAGACCUAUUUGACUAUCUGCCUGUAACAGAGCUACAGGUUGCCAAGGACAUCUCACCUCCAAACACACCACCGCCAGCCAUUCGAAGAUACAGUCUUGAGUUAGAUUGCUCAUAUCAAGAUGAAUUCUAUACAGAUGAAUUCUCCAUUGACAGUAUUCCAGAAAUGGAAUUAAAUUUACCUGAUAUAUUUUGAGAAUUACACUUAAUGCAGUCUUGAGCAUUUGUAUAAAUAUUUGAGGCAAUAAUUAGUUAUAUGAGUUUAUAAGUCUAUGGGGAACUAUUUGAAUUAAUUGGUCAUAAUUGUUCAAUAAAAUUAUUUGUGAGUUAAAAUAGUGAGCAUUUAUUUGUUGACUUUUUUUUAUGUCAUUGCCAAUAACUGGAUUUUUUAAUCCUCUCAAGUAAUAUUUUAUUUCAGUAUUAAUUAGAAAGUAGGGCAGCAAAUUUAUAAUUAUUUUAAUGGUACAAUGGGUAAGAUAUUUGAGAUUGAGUGUUAAAUUGUAGGUUUAUUCUUCAAUAAAUGAUUACUAAAACUA